CUUUCGCCCGUUCGUGUUCUGUCGUCUCUGUUCAACCAUUCUCUUUUCCGGCAGCCACAAAGAAGGAAGCAUUUUUGCGAGUUCGCGUCCGAAAAAGGCCAAUUUCUGCCCGCGAUCGCGUCCCAAAACCGGCCGGAACCGUUGCGCCCGCCGACCCGCGUGUGUGCGAUGACCGUUUUACGUUCCGUGCGAGCAUCCAAUUCGCUAGCCGGUUGAGAUGAUUAAAAAAUGAAUGAAGGUGAUUCAGCGGGAGGGCAAAGAGGUCGUAACCUAGCCCUUCCUGCUGGGACUGACCGAAGAAUAUCGAGCAUCAGCAGUGCAGGCCAUUUGCCCACCACCUCACCAAUGUCCCGUUCGCCAGCCGACGACAGACAGCAACAGUUCCAGAAUCUACAGCAGCAGCAGCAUCAGCAGCAAAUGCUCACAAGCCCAAUACAGAACAAAACGAUCCACCAGCAGCAACAGUUUGUCAGCACGGUCAAUCUGAUUCCGGGGGCGGCCACGGUCGGCACCGGAAUCACCGUCGGCUAUCAGCAGCAGCAACAUUUGGUGGCCACCAACAGUGGCGCAACAAACAUUUUAGUCAGUGGUGUGAACAAUGACUCCGCAAGUACAAUUCUCGUCCCGGCCGGGCCAGGAACACAGCAAAACAAUUCAAUCGCGGGCUCCGCAAGUGGAAUUCUAGUGCCAAACGUGAACGUCGUAGUCGCGGCGACCAGUGCAAGUGGGGGCAGUGUUUUCGGUGGCCACAGUGCCGGAGGGAACAUAUACAUUCAGACGGGCCAGCCCAGUGGUAGUGCAGUGAUAUCGGUUGUGCCGUCGGGGCCGGUUGGAUCGGUGCCCGGUUCGCCAACGACGCCGCGUAAGCGGAUAAAGCUCGAGCAGCAGCAAUCUGCCGGUCCGGUCGUCGAAGUGGAACAUGACAUUGCCACGCUCAAGAAAUUGAUUCUCGAGCACAAGUAUAUGAGAUUAAGGAACAUUAAGGAAAAGUACUCUGAACAUGUAGCAGAACUGUUUUUUCUCCAGUCCGGUGGAAGUAUGAUGGAAUAUCCUGUAUGGAGAAAGAAGCCACAUACUCCAGCAUUCGUGAACUUUAUGCGUACAUAUAAGCUAGAGCCCCUAUCGUCCAACCUGGAGGAAGCGGGGGAAAUAUUGAAGCAGCAAUCGAACCGAUCGCUCGCACUCGCCGGUGCCGUUGCGACGACGACGACGAGCCUACCGCAGGGGGCCGAAAUUAAGAUACCGGGCGUCGGAGCAACUCCCGUAGCCGUGUCGACGCAACUACCGGCCGCCGUGGCUCAGCUGAGUCAGCAAGGCGGCACCCCAAUCAUUCCGGAAACGAUCGGCAUCGGUGGCGGCGUCGGAGGAGGCUCCGGCGGAAUCACGACGAUCGACCGGAAGAGGCACACCAUUCCCACCACUACCGGCAGCGGUGCCAAUUCGCCUGCGACGGCGGCGGCCACCGUGACGGCAGCAUCGAGCGGCGAGCUUUCUGCGACCAUCAGCGCCGCCAGCAGCACCAGUAGCGGAUCAGCUGCAGCAGUGACGACCGCGGCCGCGACUUCGGCAGCUGGUAGUGGGGGAAGUCUCCAGCAGCAGAAUGGUACGAGCUCGAAUAGCACGACGGCCGGUGGCAACGGUCAGGAUCAGUACACGAACAAGGCCAAGCAGGAAGUGUACGUGAUGCAGCGGGUACAGGAACUGCAGAAGGAGGGCAUGUGGAGCGAGCGGAGACUGCCCAAGGUGCAGGAACCGCCGCGGCCAAAGGCCCACUGGGACUACCUGCUGGAGGAGAUGGUCUGGCUGGCGGCGGAUUUCGCCCAGGAGCGAAAGUGGAAGAAGGCUGCGGCGAAAAAGUGCGCCCGCAUGGUCCAGAAACACUUCCAGGACAAGGCGAUGGCCGCGCAGCGUGCGGAAAAGGCGCAGGAACUGCAGCUGAAGCGAAUCGCCGCGUUCGUCGCCAAAGAGAUCAAAACCUUCUGGGGCAACGUGGAAAAGCUGGUCGAGUACAAGCAGCAAACCAAGCUGGACGAGAAGCGCAAAAAGGCGCUCGAUCAGCAGCUGAGCUUCAUUGUCGAUCAGACGGAAAAGUAUUCCCAGCAGCUGGUCGAAGGCAUGAACAAGACGACCCCAGCGGCGGCGACCGCCACGACGAGCAAAGCCAACAGCUUACAGUCCAGCCGGAUAUCUUCCCCGACGCCCAAGAACACCGCCUCCGACGACGAGUUCAAGCCGGACAGUGAAAACUCGGACGACGACGAAGAAACGAUCGCCAAGGCUGAGGCCGAAGCGACCGGGACCAACGAGGAGGUGGCCGCCCUGCAGAAAGAGUCCGAGAUGGAUUUGGACGACUUUUUGAAGCAUCUGCCCAAGGACUACCUCGAGAAUCGGGACAAGAUUGUGCUCUCGGAUCCGGACGAUUCGGAAAAGGAAAGCGAGAGCAACGACAAGGACUUUACCGCCGAUGAGGACAGCGCCGACGAGGAGGACACCAUCAUGGAGCAGGAAAGCAAGGAAAAGAACCAAGAUCACAAGAAGGAAAUCGACGAGUUGAAUGCCGAAAAUGAGAUGAGCAUCGAAGAGUUGAUGGCUAAAUACAACGCGCCGCCACCGCCGCAGGCGAAGAAGAAGGUCGUCGAAAAGAUGGAGGUGGACUCGGAUGACGACCCGGACGAGAAGGAGGGGGAGGAGUCGACGGAAACGGAGCAAGAUUCCGACGAUGAGCCCACGACCUCCGAGGACGAAGAAAUGGACGACACUGGCAAAGAUGAGGAAGACGUCGGCCUGAAGAACCUGCUGGACGACGAGAUGGCCAACAAGAGUCAGAGCGAAAAGGACGAAAUGCUGAACGACGCGGCCGCGAUUGCGGAGAGCAUUCAACCGAAGGGAAACACGCUCUCGUCGACGAGCGUCGUGACGCCGAUUCCGUUCCUGCUGAAGCACACGCUGCGCGAGUACCAGCACAUUGGGUUGGACUGGCUCGUGACGAUGCACGACCGGAAGCUGAACGGAAUCCUGGCGGACGAAAUGGGACUGGGCAAGACGAUUCAAACCAUUUCGCUGUUGGCCCACCUGGCGUGCGUUAAAGCGAACUGGGGACCGCAUCUGAUCAUCGUGCCGUCGUCCGUGAUGCUCAACUGGGAGAUGGAGUUCAAGAAGUGGUGCCCGGGCUUUAAGAUUCUCACGUACUACGGCUCGCAGAAGGAGCGCAAGCUGAAGCGGACCGGCUGGACCAAGGUGAACGCGUUCCACGUGUGCAUCACCUCGUACAAGCUGGUCAUCCAGGACCACCAGAGCUUCCGGCGCAAAAAGUGGAAGUACCUGAUCCUGGACGAGGCGCAGAACAUCAAGAACUUCAAGUCCCAGCGGUGGCAGCUGCUGCUGAACUUCCAGACGGAACAGUGAGUAUGGUGUAACGAACUUCGAACCCUCGGGUUUGUUUGUAACAGGUCACAAACGUAAAUUUUUCUCAGAGCAAAUCAAGAUUUGUAACAUUUU